CAAGGAAAACAUAAAGCGCCAGUUACGAAAAUGGCUCUGACUACUGUUCUUAAGGAUAUCUUGCCAUUGUUGGACAUGUCAGUUUAUUGUAACUACAAAUCAGCUUUAGAAAAAACGAUUACCUGUGUAUCGCAGUAUUGCAAAAGUGGAGCUUGUUCUAGACCAAAUUGUUCGUCCAAUAUACUGUGCUAUUGAUCUUAGAGACCUUUCCUCCAAAUCAAAAUUAAAUGACGUUAUAGUAAAGGUGCGGUGGCAUCCAAAAUCUAACAGAACAUUGGUUAUUGUAACCGAAAAUUCCUUUAUAUAUUACAUUCAUUGUGUAAAGUCCUCAGAAAAUCAAAGCAUUCGAUUCAAUUUAUGGCUUGAAGCAGAUCUUUCAGUAUUUACUCAUAGCGCUCUUGAUGCUACCUACCAGGAUAUGAAUGAUUCGGAUGAGAGUUCUUGCAAUGAAAACGAUGAUAACAGUUCAUCAGUGUCCAAUACGAAAAUGAAUCUCAGUUUUGCUUUAGGCAGCAAGUGUGUCGACUUUGAUUUCGGUUCCGCACUAUUUAUAUCAAAACGCGGUUUAUCGGAAGCUCAGUUACAAGAUUGCUGUUUGUUCCUUCUUUACGAAACAGGUGAUGUUAUUCAAGUAUGUGGAUGCUUGUCCGUUCGUAAAAUGAAUCAACUAAAAUGUAAUGUUUUGCACAUUUUCCCACCAUCAAUUGAUAAUUAUGGAGAUGAAUUCUGUGCUAUUCAUUGUAUUCGUCCUAUUGACAGUUCAGAAAUGUUUUCAUUUGAAAAACCUCCUGAUAUAUUAGUGUUAGCUGAUAAAAUUGGUCGUUUGCAUAAUGGUAUUGUUCUGCGAGCCAAUAUACCUGGACAGAAUAAAAACAAAAAUCAAACUACAACCCCUCCAGUUUUACUCUGUCUCGUUGAUAUUGUGGAUCUUAAUCUAAUGUCUAGUAAUAGAACAACUGUGCAACAGUGUCAUCCAAACGGUAGUAUACUUCAUUCUUCAAAUUAUUCUGAUUACAAUCAUUUUGAAUCUCCAUCGUUGUCAUUAGAACCAGCUAAUCUAAAUUUUUUGGACAAUAUUGAAUAUAAUAGUUAUUCGAUAGAUGGUUCAGAUUUUGUUAAAAAUAGAAUUUUUGGCUUGAAAUAUUCACAUCAAGGAUAUUAUGUAAUUCAUCAUAUGGGCAUUCAUCUUGUUAGUCUAUCAUGGAUUGAAAAUCUUUCACUAUGGUGUAGUGAAUUUAACAGUCAACUGUUAAAUGAUUCUAAUAAAUCUCUUAUUGAAGAGAUUCGGGAUUGGCAGUCAUGUGUGAAACACCUUGUCUGUGGCCAAAUUACCAUCUCUACCCCUGAUGGGAUGAAUGAAGAUAUGGAGGGAAAGUUUAGACUAGCUGGUUUCAUUGAACUAUCAUGUAAUUUCCUGUCAAAAAGUCGACCGAAAUCUAAAACUACAACCACAUUAGCUGAUUGUCGAUCAACUAAAGGUGUCACACUUUUGUUUAUUCGUGCACCUAUCCAACCAAUUGAUUCAACUGCCGGUAUAACUGAUUAUUCAUGUUUGGUACAUUUCAUCAGUCUAACACGGAAACCUGAAAGUUAUGCUAUGAAACAACGUUAUACUGGAACUACUGAUCAUUAUGAUUCCUGUGAUUCAACUCUCCGUUCACAUUUCACAUCUCAAAUAAAACAAGUGUUAUCGGGAGACAAUUCACAUUUUCCGAUGAUAACCGGUUUAAAUUUACAACCCGAUCUUACCCAGCAACAGUUGGUUCAAUUUUUUAUUAAGGUAAUGUUUGAAUCUUAUAAUUCAGUUCCUGAAUAUUAAUUGUUACUGGUUGUAGUUGCACCGAUAUUGAAACUAUAACUACUUACUCGUGAAAUGUUUCUGACUUCAUUUUGUCUGGUUGUUAGUUUCAUAUAUAAUGAUCAAAUCAGAACAUCAUAGUCUAGAUCGGUGCUUACCACUUUUGUUCGAAGCCUACUCUGCCUACUUUGGCUUAAGAAACUGAUUAGUAUCGUUAGCCUUCACACCGCUGCACAUACCUAAUGCACAAAUUGGUUAUUAUUCCGAACUGAUUGUUUGAUUGCAGGCCUUUAAAAUUUCUAACUUCUCACUAGUCAAAAUGGUCAUCAUAACUUUUAAUGCAAUCGUAAAUAUGCUAUCAUACUUCGAAACUUUGAAUGACUGGAAAUAAGUAACCUUAUGUAGUUUGAUUUGUUUUAGGUCUCUGAUAUACUGCGCAAAGGACCUCUAGAUCGUCUAAUGAAAGCUCGCUCAAUGAUUGAACAUCACUCUAGACAGUUACAAGAUAUAAUUUCAGCUCAACAUUCCGAAGCAAUGAAGCUAACAUCUGAACGUCAAACUUUACAAUCUAAAGCUGAGGACUUAGCAAAACGUCACUCUGUAAUCGCCGAGCGUCAAAGUAUGUUGGAUAAACGUAUGGCUAACUUAGCAACCCGUUUAGCCGGUAAGUAAAUAGUUCUUUAACUUCCUGUUACAUUCUUAUAAAUUUUAAAACAAAAUGUAAGAAUGUGUUGCUGAAGCUUACGCCUAUUUAACACUAUAAAAACUGAAUGUAGCGAUUACCAGGUAUCCUGAUCAAGUCAGUCAGUUUUAAGCAACAUCGGAUCUUCUAUAGGUAUGCAUCAGUUCAAGUUGCUAUAUUUCACCAACACAGCAACGUUGACUCAACAAAUCAAAUAACGAGAUUUGAAAUAUCAUAAAAUGCUAGAUAUCGAGGAACGUGUUUGUAAUUAAAAAAUGAUGUGACGUUACGUAGUAGUGGGAUACUAUUAGGAUUCAUGGUCUGGUAUCUGGACUAAUGAGACCGAUUUUCAACCUCGUCUCGUGAGGUCCCUAAUUAUGAACUGCAACUAUCGUACUACCUCCAACUAGAUACUCGGAGCCUACCAAUAUAGCUCACACUAGGAGCCAGUGACUUUAUGGCUUAAUUCCACUCCGUCUGCAGUCUGCUCCUUCGUUAACCAGCAUUGCUAAUUGAAGUAUUACCUUGUACGGUAUUAUGUGAAAUUAUAAGGUGACUGAAGCAUAGUAUGAUCUUUGGGUUACAGGUUUUUCUAGCCAGUAAAAUUUUUUUCAGUAAUCGGGCUAACUGACCUAUGCAGUCUAUUGUUUUUUAGUUGGAUCACAAAUUGACCCGUGAAAAGUCACUCAUCUCAUUUGAUUAAAGCUUAAAGUAGAGUAAUGCGCAAGCGCUUUAGUAUACGAUACCUGCUCAUGUAAAAACCCCACAUCUACUAUCAUGGUUGUUUGGCUCGUCUGUAAAAUUCCUCUGAACUCCGAAUGAGUGGCUUACUACCUGAUUUUCUGUUUAAAUAAAUGGAAGUUAAUGAGUCGAAAUGAUAGUUCAUUUAGAUCAGUUUGUCCCAUCUAUUGCAACCUUUAAUAUAUAGUGGUGAAAUAUCUUCAAAACUAAAACUUUUCCAUUUCAGUUAUUUUUAACGUGUAUUAUCCUGUAAGUGUUCAUUACUGAUUUCCACUGAUAUGGUUAUAAUUACUUCUGUGUUUAGCUUUAGGCGAAGGUCCUACUAAAGCUGAAAUCGCAAUGCGUAGUGAAGUUAUCGUAAUUCGUGAUCGUCUACACAAAGGCCUUAGGCAAUGGUUAUCGAAUCUCAAGAACCGUCGUGACAAAUUGGAAAAACAAAUACUGUUGCGCAAAAAAACAGAUAAAUCAUCUAUUCGUAACUCUCUUCCCAGCAGCCUUCUUAGAACCACCGAAAAUAUCGAAGGAAAUCAGUGGCAAACAGUAUCAGAAGAACUUCGCCGGGAAACUUUAGAAAUCAAAAUGUUAAUUAACGCAGUUAAAACGCUUAACACAAAGACUAUAAAUCCCUCCUAGUGUCUUAUUUUAUUUUCCCGUAUAUAAAUAAUUCCAGAUAGAAAUAAUACUGAACCCGUUCAUUUGGAUUAUUUUGUACACCUGUAAGUUAAUUUUAUAAGUAAAUUAUCUCAUGAGUUAUAAAUACUCGACCAUGUGACACUACUUUUAUUUUUGAGUACUAAACUUUGUCGAGCAAAAAAGAUUGUUCAGUGUGUUUCACUCAUAUAAUACGUGUGUAUCAACUUUAACACAUAAAAUUUGGGUUUACUGGGCUGUAAAUUCCGGUGUGUAAUGAGCUUUUAAGAAAAAUGGUCCAUACCUGAAUGAAAACCUUUAUGCCAAAAACGGCGAUAUGCCUAGCUGUUCUGGCAGAUCACAUGACACCAAGAUUUCAUUGUAGGUCAAGUGCUAACAAGGGAAAAGUACGUUGAAUGAUUUAAAUGCUUACUAAUCGAAGGUUCUGACUAACUUCAAAUGCUGAAAUCAGUCUAUCUACCUGUAAGCACAUAUAACCUGUGAUAGUAUUCAGUGCAGUACUAUUAUUCGUCCGGGAGAUCAUAGUUGUUGGGAUAUCUCAUAUUUCCAAGUUUCAAACUUGGAAACCAUAAGUGGUAAGUCGGGUCGGACUUGUUUAUCUCCAACCUCUUAAAUUUUUGCAUGGGUUUGAUGUGUUUAUCAGUUGGAGCUAUCAGUUUGUUCUCAGUGUUCUUUGCUUACUCACUUAUUAGAGUUGGUAAAAAUGUGGUGUAUGCUACUUACGCUGAAAGACAUAAUUAGUAUGCAACAACAAUUGGAAGUGGAAUGCUUGGCAGCAGAAGAUUGAAAUGAAGAUAACAGGGAGGAAAUCGGAGAGUAAUCGAAGUAACAACAGAAUUAGAGGAAUAGUGGAGCAUGCGGAAAACAACCCAAAGAAGCAGUGCGAAUGGUGUAUUUAAUGUAUGGUUUUCAUAUUUUACCGAAUCACUGUAAUUUUGUAUUAAUCAAUAAACUGGUUUUCCCCGCCUGAGUUUACGUUCGCUACAUUAGUAACUUGAGUAACAAGAGCGAAAAUGGAGAACGAAACCAAAAAUCCUAGAGCUAUCGACAAUCUAACUGGUCAGCCAUUUAAAUCGUUACAGAAUCGGUUUAACGCCAAGUCACUCGGAAGUGACUGGUUGUAGUGUUAUUAAGUUCUCUUGACCUUGCUGUAAAUGUCAAACAUAAUUCACCUCACAGAAACUCAGCUGCAGGAGCCAUAAGUGUGAACGAAUAAUCAUCUUCUUUCUUUUAAUCUUUGAGUUAUUUUGUUAGAAGGGAUUUUUGUACAAGUAGCAUUCAGUUUCACGUUUCUUAGUCAUAUUUAUGGAUUUUUUUCGUGAUUAAUUCAUUUUAACUCAAAAGAGUGAAAAGACAGUAAUAGAUCUAAACCUAAGGAGUACAGGUCCCUUUCAUGUGUUCAACUACUCAAACUUACUGUAUGAUGAUGUGGAUUCUAGACUGCUUGUAUGAUAGGAGCAAAAGCCAUAAGAAUUUCCGGCGCGACUAAAAUUUAUGGACGAAUCAAUCAGGUAUAAGAUAACAGGUCUUGAAAUUUAGUGCGGAAUUCAUCCAACUAUUUGGCUUAAUAGCGUCUUGGUAUUUUAGGGGCGAGACUCCAAUUUAUGGACGAUCUUUGAACGAAUCUUUAAGUGACCUUGAGAAAUAUUAGCCAAUCAACAAACAGUCAGUAUAGAGUAAAAAUAUGUUAUGCAAAACCAAGGAAAUAAAGUGGAUACACUCCUUGUACGUGGUAAUACAUGCAGUGGAGGAAAUCAUCCAUACAGCUACAGAAUAGUCGGCCUCCGGUUGUUGAGUGCACGCUCUCUAAACAUCCGUAUAAAUUGUAGUACCUGGCUGCAGCCAGUGUUACUGGUGCUUUUAUUAUCCAGUUCGCAAUAAUUGUCGUAAUUUGCCUUAGUUAGGAAUUAUAUAUGGGGUUUUCAUCACAAACUGACAUCAGCUAUAAUGCCAGAAAUUUAUUUAGCCAAAUGGAUGGAAGGCUUUCGCGCCAAAAUCCGAGAUCUAUUAUCUUAUACCUGAUUGAUCCGUCCACAAAUUAUAGUCUCGCCAUUUUAUUUAUUAUAACCGCUCAAUCAUCACGUUUUGUACAAAAUUCCCUGUGAACCGAUCGUACGUUAGCAUUAAGCACUGAAGUUGGUGCCGUAAACCUGAUUGGCUCGUCCAUAAAUUAGAGUCUCGCCAUUUUAGGUAUUGAAGCACACUGCUCACGUCGUUUACUUCCUCCUUUAGUCCCUAGUUUGUCUCUGCUCGUUUUCAGAAGAAAAAGAUUGGGAACCUGCUCAGUCGGUCGCAAGAAUAGUCAGAUUCAAUUCGGGCCAGGAUCUCUUCUGGAACGAUAACCACUCGCAUACUCUUUACUAAUUCGAUUUUCCGCAUGACCUUUGUCCUCCGAUUGGUCCCCAUGUUUUUUUAGUUUGCUGGAUUGCUACAUGCUCGAAGGUCAUGUUCUGCCACUACAGUAACAACUUUGGUACGAAUUUCUCUUGAGUUGCUUGUUAUACUACAAUUAUUAGGUUACCCUUAAUCCCAUCUUCUUUCUGUCUUAGCCGUCGAGGUUUGAUGUGUUGAGCAUAAUUAAUUGUUGUUAAUUUAGAAGAAAACGGAUCAUAUUAGAAAAGUUCAAUCGUUUUGUUCCUAAAUCCGCAACGUAGUAGGCUGUACUGAACCCCAAUAUCCUUCUGUAACCAAGAACGAUCUCCUACUGUCUAGGCGUAAAACAUAUUGGACUUAUAUUUAUGUCUCCGCAUAAAGAUAUAAAACAUUCGUGACUGGUGGUGAUAUGUCUUUACAGUAUAAGUUGGAAACUACUCCCUGGUUAAAAUGACCUCUUCUUAGUUUACACAACCUUGAAGGGCUGUGGGAAUUCACUAUUUGAAUACCACGAACUGGUCCCACAAAUGGUGUCCCGCCUCGCUUUGCUAGUACAUUUGCAUCUGUGCUUAAUGAAUGAUUUUCAAAUAUUCUUAUUAUUGGUUCACUUCUAUUAUUGCUUACUAUUUUAUUAUUCUGUACCUAAAUAAAAUCUUACUGAUGACUAAUAGUGAUACUAUUGUAUCAAUUAUUUAAAAUACAGCUCCCGUCGACUUAUAAUUUCUUUUUCGACAACUAUUGUUCGGUCAGAGGUUCUUCAUUGAGAGGAAUUCGAACAUGCUUUUAAUGACUUUCUACAGGUAAAUGGAGCAUGAAUUAUAUGAAUAUAGAUAACGUGUACUCAUUGCACUUAUCAGCGAAUUGAAGAAAAUCGCAAUGAGAGUUGGAAGUAUUUAUAUUUUAUUUCGGAAUCCACUUUUGGUGUUUAGAGACACUCUUAAAGUGCUAGACGCGUUGUGUUUAUGUUGAAAUAGUGUAGUUGGAAGUAUCCCGGUUGUACGUCUAUUCUUCGAGUUCCUUCAAAUGGUGGUGAUUAAACGUCCUUUCAAUCAUACAUCUUCCGCAGGAUUUUUAUGUGAUCCAUUGAUUAGAAGUUUAUCAGAUGGAUAGGAGGAAAACUUAUCCACUUCAUUAUUAUGUAAUUGUUAGGGAUGCAGAGGAAUAUACCAAUCAUUAUCAUGUUAAGUCUAAUGAUGUCCUUGGACUUUAAAUGCACAUUCCCUAUUGGCCAUUAUUUAUUUCACUCGUUAAAUAUUGUACAGAUGUUGUUUUCUAUUUUUAUGGUACGAUGUGGUCUGUUUGGUUGGUAUAUAAACAGAGCAUGUUUGAAAUAUAACGAUUCAUAUAUCCGAGGCUGAGACUUGUAUUCUGGACUCAACUGGCUGGGUUAGACAGCGAAGCAGGGCCAAUCGGAACUCUAGGUCGUCCGUACGUGUUUUACGUGUCACUGGAUCGAUCGAUAAAACGCUGCUCCAUUCAUCCAUAAUCUGCAAUCCACACGUUACAACAGUAAUUCUAAUGAGGUUUCUUUUAUAUCUCUUGAAAAAUGAAUAUGAAAUUUUAAUUACUAUUUGAUAUAAAAUACAAAGAUUGAUUUGAUAUUACCUCUUUGAAGAUUCG